AUGACAAGAGGAAGUAGUCUGGGCUGCCCUGAAAACUCAGGUGCUGCGGGAACUUUAUAUGAUGCUGUUCUCCGAAGCCUUACUGUUAGCAAUCACAACAAGUCAACAGAUACGGAUACACUUCUUAUGGAGUUUCCAAAUCAGCCACUUAUGACAAAUGUUUAUAUUGAAAAUGAGGCCAAGGCUGCUGUUCCCUUGCUUUGGAGUCGAGUUCAGUGGCUGGCCUUCAGGUUUAUCAAUGUUGAUGUUUCUGCUGUUGUCCAAGGACAGAUUAGUCUCUUGAGUGGUGGAGUUUUGAGCUUUGGGCUAGCACACUAUGCCGUAUCUGAAUUUGAGUUGCUGGCUGAAGAACUUUUAAUGAGUGAUUCUGUACUCAAGGUUUAUGGGGCUCUUCGUAUGUCUGUUAAAAUGGUUUUGAUGUGGAAUUCAAAAAUGCUUAUAGAUGGUGGUGGAGAUCAAAAUGUUGAGACAUCCUUGCUUGAGGCUAGUAAUCUUAUUGUGCUGAAGGAGUCAUCUAUCAUCAAUUCUAAUGCAAACCUGGGAGUUCAUGGACAAGGAUUUUUUAGUUUAUCAGGACCAGGAGAUCGUGUUGAAGCUCAACGUCUGUUUCUGUCACUCUUUUAUAGUCUCCAUGUAAGCUGA